AUGAGCGUUCGCGUCAUCGCACGAAUCCGGCCCCUUCUCAAAUCGGAGAAGGAAAGCGAUAUCAUCGUCCGCUCCGGAACGACGGCCAUCCCUGCUAUAGCGAAUACGCGGCCCCCAGCGGCUUCAUUGCCGCAGCAGCAGUUGUGCUCUUCCAAAAGUGAUGGGAAAUCGACGACAACAACGGCAUUGAAGGGCAAAAGGCAGAAAGAUGGGGCGAAUGCGGCUCUAGCGCUGGAUCGAGAUAAUCUGGUGCGCAUUCCAAAUCCAAAGAAUGAAGGGGAGGAAUAUAGUUUUCAGUUCAAUGGGGUGUACGGGCCGGACGUAUCGCAGCAGGAGAUUUUUGAUGGCGAGGUUGCUCCAACGAUAAAGCAUCUUUUCAACGGUUUUGAUGUGACGAUAUUCGCUUACGGGGUUACGGGAACUGGCAAAACACAUACAAUGCGUGGCGGGAAAAGUCUCCAGGAUAGAGGUGUCAUUCCACGACUCUUGAGUGGCAUUUAUAGACGCAGUCGUAAGGUUGAAAGGGAUAGCCAGGGCGCCACUAAGGUGGAUGUGGUCAUGAGCUACUAUGAGAUAUAUAAUGACAAGGUGUUCGAUCUUUUUGAGCCACCAGAGAAGAGAACGCCUGCGGGUCUGCCCUUGCGGGAUGCAGGUGGAAAGACUGUAGUAGUUGGACUGACUGAACGGCCAUGCACGAGCUUGAAAGAGUUUGAGAUGUUGUAUGAUCAUGCCAAUGUGAAUAGGUCAACGUCAGCAACGAAGCUCAACGCCCAUUCAUCGAGGUCUCAUGCAAUCCUCUGCGUCAAGCUGGUUGUUACAACUGCUGAGCAGACCCGCGUGAGCCUUGCGUCAUGCAUUGAUCUUGCUGGAUCCGAAGAUAAUCGUCGAACUGACAAUGAUAAGGAGCGCAUGGUAGAAUCUGCUAGUAUAAACAAAAGCCUAUUUGUGCUUGCUCAAUGCGUCGAAGCAAUCAGCAAAAAGCAAUCCCGAAUCCCCUACCGUGAAUCGAAAAUGACGAGAAUACUGUCUUUGGGCCAAAAUAAUGGACUAACCAUCAUGAUUUUGAAUCUGGCUCCGAUACGCUCAUAUCAUCUUGAUACGCUCAGUUCGCUUAACUUUGCGAACCGUACGAAGAAGAUAGAAGUACGAGAAAUCGAAAACGAGCCCAUGUUCAAGGGGCCGCCACGGCCAACCAUUCGGGGAUCCGGGACAACUGGGCCCGUAAUACACCGCCAACCUUUACGGCCUCUCACGGCUUCGAUCAACGCAAAUAUAGUACUACCGACUGCGACGGAUUCCUCAAAACCAGCAGAAUCCAAACCUGUUAAGGCGUUCUCUGUGUACUCUGACAAGCUACAGUCGAAGCCACCUUCCAACGUCAAACGGUUUGUCCCUUCGAGGCGAUCAUCGCCGUUGAAACUUAGAGCUGAUGCAAGUGGUGUCGACACAUUACGACCAUCGAAAGUGUUUCGGCCUGUAGAUGCCGGCUUACAUGCUCUGGAGGGCAUAUCUGCGGCAAAGAUAGAAGAAAUGGUGGAACGAAAGGUUGAGGCAGUUCUCGCCGCCCGAGCUUUGAAUGAGGCUGGAAAGCAACGUGACAGCGACCAUUCUUCUAACAAUGAACUCAAUGAGCAAGUGCAACGCCGACUUGAGUUACUUGAGCAAAGGAUUGAAGGGAAAUCGGACGCGAGAGCGGAAGGGUUAUCCUACCUCUUGAUGGGAAAGCAGCACCAGUCAAGAGGGGAGGAUUCAUCAGCUCUAAGAAUGUAUCAGUUGGCUCAACCAUUUUUCCCCUGCAAUGAAAAACUGGACACUAAAAUAAAAGCAUUGAAAGAGAAGUUGGUGAUAUGCAAGGGACAGGUGCCGCUGUCGUUCCCAAUGGCAGCAGAGAACUGUGAUGCAGGGGCGGAAACGAAGCGUCCAAAAAAGCGAAAGAGAUAUGCGAAAGAUGAAAGUUUCAAUUCUGCAGAUCAUGUUGGCGAUGUCAGUGACUCCCAACCAUCCGAUCCGAAUGAGCAAUUCAGUGAUGAAGAAACAGCCUAUCCGUAUACCCAGCCGUCAAAAAGACCUGUGGCGCCUAAUAAUGGCAAAUCUCGAAAGCCGUCAUCUGUCCCCUUUCCAUAUCAAACACCAACUAAAAAAGAUACAAGCUUUACUGCUGACGAGCCAACCGAUGUGAAACAUACCCCACGCACCCAUCACAUUAUUUCAACAAUAAAUACCAGGAACGUCGAUCAGAUAAAGCUGUUGCGGGGCGUUGGGAUAAAGAAAGCCGAGGCCAUCGUUGACUGUCUAUGUGAAAUGGAUACACGGUAUGCCCAGGAUAGUCAUGAAAACAACGCCAGCGACAUCGUGCAGAUACGAAGUUUAGCAGAGCUUGGGAAGUUGAAAGGAGUUGGUGCGAAAACAGUGGAGAAUAUGAGGAACGCGAUUUAA